GUUUACAGUUGAAAAUAGUUGGUUGCGCCCCGCGGAGCGUAGAAUGCGCCUGCCGAAGCGCUUGCCACCAAAACUGCAGCUGUUGCUACUGCUGCUGCUCGCUGGACUAAUCCUGGGCAUCUAUCAGCUGACAGAUUCACCGCUGCUCAAUCAAUAUGGCAUACUAAAGAAAUAUCUUAAACGCAGCGGCGCCGAAUCAAAGGCAGCAGCAGCAACAACAACAGCAAAUCGUCGCAUAUUGCUUUGGAGCAGCUUCUUCGAGGAUGCGCGCUGGAAGUUGCCGUACGAUACGCUGGGACCGCAGGAAUUUCGCGAUGAGCUGCAGUGUGGCGUCUACCAAUGCGAGCUGAGCAACCAGCACGACUAUCUGCCCGCCUUGGAGCUCUACGAUGCAAUUGUUUUCCAUGCUGCGCAGCCGUUUCCGCUGCUCAAGUCGCUGCCCAAGCGUCGCAAUCCCUCGCAGCUUUACGUCUUUGCGCUGCUGGAAUCGCCGGGCGAGACAAAGCAUCGCUUGAGCGAUGAGCAGGACUUUUAUAAUCUAACCAUGAGCUAUCGCCUCGAUUCGGAUAUUGUUUGGCCCUAUGCCAGGCUGCUGGAUAAGCAGACGCGUGCACAGGUGGCGCCCAGUGCGGCGCCGCAUUGGCGUCAACCGCCUGCUGUGGGCGCUUGGAAUGACAGCGAUGUGUGGCGCUUGUGGCCAACAAAGAGCAAAAUGGCCGCUUGGUUUGUCUCCCACUGUGAGACGCUCUCGCUGCGAGAGAAACUGGCGGCUGCACUGGAGCAACAUUUGCAGCUGGACAUCUAUGGGAAGUGUGGUAAACUCAGCUGCGCUCGUGGCGAUCCGCAUUGCGACAACAUGCUGGACACCGACUACAAAUUCUAUUUGGCCUUCGAGAACUCACUCUGCGAGGAUUAUGUGACCGAGAAACUUUAUGGCGCGCUGCAGCGUAACAUUGUGCCCGUUGUGUUUGGCGGUGCGGACUACACGCGCUUCCUGCCCCCACAUUCCUACAUUGAUGCGGAGCAGUUCGAAAGCGUCGAUGAGCUGGCGGCGCAUAUGGAUUUCGUGGCCAGCGAUGUGUAUGAGUACAUGAGUUACUUUUGGUGGCGAGAGCAUUACAGCAUAGGCAAUGCUUCGCCCUUUUGCGAUCUGUGUGCCAAGUUGCAUGCCACAAAUUGGUUGCACAAGCGGCAAGCGUAUGCGGACAUUGAGGCCUGGUGGUUCAACAGUUGUCGCUUUAGCUCACGCAUACGAUUUUGAAACUUUCAUUAUCUCUGCGUUGAGUCACUAUGCUUAUCAAAAAACGAAUCGAACAAACGCUGUGUUAUCUGCUAAAUGUCAAUAUAUUUGUACAUAUGUUUAUAUAGAAAACAACCCAAAAAAA